CCAAUCAACUACCUCUAACAAACUCCAUUGCCAAACUAGGUCCGUCCUCUGUUUAGGAGGCAGGGAGGUAGUAGUAGUAGUGUAGCAGUGUAGUUAAUUCCACGACCUAACUACCUAAAGUCAAUAGAUUAAUUGUUAGUUGGGACUUGGCUAGCGAGUAACAUUCAAUACCGACUACUAGUCCUUUGAUCCGUCCCGCCAGUUUCCCAUCCCAACCCGAACCCGCGAAUCCUACCUCCUUGCCGCUUGUCUUGUACGUAAAAUUAACGAACGCUACGCUAUUUAAACUCCCCCACUUCUCCUCAUUUUUAACGAUGCAUUCGAAGCUACCAAGAUAUUUAUCUAAGGUCUUCGACCGAUCUUCUAAUAUGGCCAAUCAAGACCAGUCCGCCUCCGCGCCCGCCGCUUCUUCUCCUUCUUCUCCUCCACCUGCUGCUGUCUCCCCUACCGCCGACGCCCCUGGACCAUCAGCUGGCUUGGCUACUCCACCGGUGGGAACCUCGACGCCGGGUAUAGUGCCAGGUUUAACGGAUCAACCGAUCGAGGUUGCUCAACAUGACGAGGGCGAUGAUGAUGAUGAUUUUGAUGGGGAUUCUGCCCUAGGGGAAGGUGAUAAUGCGAGCUCGACAGCGUCUCUGACGGAGAGUAUCCUACAAUACCGCACGCUUAAUGGUCGUACGUAUAGCAGCGGCAAGCAUGGAACGGAUAAGUACUGGGGACCCAAUGAUGAGCGACAAAAUGAGGCUAUGGACAUGAACCAUCAUUUCUUGACCCUAUGUCUCGGCGGCAAUCUUUUUCUGGCGCCGCUCAAGGACGAUAUAGAAAGAGUACUUGACAUUGGUACUGCUACAGGAUUAUGGGCAAUCGACAUGGGAGACGAGUACCCGAACUGCGAGGUCAUCGGAACGGACAUAUCGCCCAUCCAGCCGACGUGGUGUCCGCCGAACGUGAAGUUCGAGAUCGACGACCUGGAGAAGGAGUGGACGUGGGCGCCGAACAGCUUCGACUACGUGCACAUCCGGUACAUGGUGGGCAGCGUGUCGGACUGGCCGAAGCUGUUCCGGCAGGCGUUCCGCGCGCUCAAGCCGGGCGGGUGGAUCGAGAGCUUCGAGGUCGAGGCCGACUACCGCAGCGACGACGGCACCCUGAAGCCCGACUCCGCCAUGUACAUGUGGCGCGACCUGUUCACCGAGGGCGGCAAGAAGCUGGGCCAGACCUUCACCAUCAUCACGGACGACAUCCAGCGGAAAGGCAUCGAGGCCGCGGGCUUCGUGGACCUGACGGUGAAGGAUAUCAAGGUGCCUAUGGGGAGCUGGCCGGCCGAUCCGAAGCUGAAGGAGAUUGGGCAGUGGGCUCAGUAUACUCUCGAGCAGGACCUAGAAGGUUUUGUCAUGUUUAUGUGGAACACGGUCCUGGGUCGCUCGCUGGAGGAAAUGCAGGUAUUCCUCGCGACCUUCCGGAAAGAACUCCGGUCUAGCAGGACGAUCCACGCGUAUCUGCCGCAGCGCGUUGUCUACGCGCGGAAGCCGGAGAACGCCGCGUAGAAAGAACUCUUGAAGAUUGGCAAUGAUUAACGAAGCGAGAAGCUUUUGCGGAAGUACAUGGCACAUUUAUUAGAUAGUGUUUUGGGGGGAGAGGGGGGCUUUGUAUAGAGCGGAUGAUAUUUAAUAUUCCAACUGUUUAUAGCAUGAGCGAUUCUCUGGUAUAUGCCUAGUA